CCGGCAAUUGGGCGCGCCCUCUGAGGGAUUAGCCGCUGCGGAAGCAUUGAGCGGGUCGUGGAUGGGGAGUCAGAGAAAUCAACGCAAGGCUGUACCCACCUGCUACUCCCCAUGAAAUGCCAAAGAGACGCAUGGAAGCAAAAUAGCACAGAUGCUUUAUUGACAGAAAGAAACAGUUCUCUGGGGGUAAAUAGGCUUUAGUUACUGCAGCUUUGUAUAGCCUUUCAAGCAUUCUCAAAAACCAAAAGCAGCCAACAGCAUAAGUAGCCAUAUACAGUACAAGCCAAAUGGGAAGAUUUUCCAGCAAAAUUUGGAACUGGACUUUUUUAUGUAAUACACUCAGUCAACCCUGAUUCCUCCUUCCUUUCACCAGCUUUUAAAAAUCAACGGGCCUUAUUGUCCAGCUUUCUUUUAACGUAGUGUAACCUUCUCUGCCUGUCACCUGUUAGGUUGGGUGGCAGACGCUUGCUGUCGCCUGAAUGGACAGGGACACUUUUGCUAGUUCUACUAAGUUUUUUCGCGAUUACGGUGGCCCAUCUCGGGGUGCCAGCUGCCAACCCCACGACCAUGUUGACUACAUCGAAAAGCCAGAAAUAUUCACUUAUGCAGACUUUUUCAAGGAUUACUUGAUUCCCAACGACCCCUGUGUUUUCUCAGCUAAAUUCACCGAGGGCUGGGGCAGCAGGAGGAAGUGGGUGACUCCAGAUGGGAAACCAAACUUUGACUACCUGGUGCGGACUUUCGGGGAGGCUGUAGUACCUGUUGCCAACUGUGAUGUCAAGGAGUACAAUUCUAACCCAAAGGAACAUCUCAAACUCAAGGAGUACAUAAGUUAUUGGAAAGACCACAUUAAAAAAAAUUACCGCUCACCCCGAGGGUGCCUUUACCUCAAGGACUGGCACCUGCACAGGGAUUUCCCAGAACAAGAUGUUUACACCACACCAAUCUACUUCUCUUCUGACUGGCUGAAUGAAUACUGGGAUGCCAUAAAAGUGGAUGACUAUCGCUUUGUCUAUAUGGGACCCAAGGGCUCAUGGACUCCCUUUCAUGCAGAUGUCUUCCGCUCCUACAGUUGGUCAGCCAAUAUCUGUGGGAAAAAGAAGUGGCUGAUAUUUCCCCCGGGGCAAGAGGAAAACCUUCGAGACCGCCACGGCCACUUGCCCUUUGACAUCACUGCACCUGACCUGAAGAACAGCAAUCUUUACCCUCGCUAUGCCCAGAGCACUGCUCCUGUUGAAAUCAUACAGGAAGCCGGGGAAAUAGUCUUCAUUCCCAGUGGGUGGCACCAUCAGGUUUAUAAUCUGGAGGAUACCAUCUCAGUCAACCAUAACUGGGUGAAUGGGUGCAACGUGGCUAUCAUGUGGAGCUUCCUCCAAGAUGAACUCGCCGCUGUCCAACGGGAGAUCAGAGAAUGGAGAGAGACGAUGGAAGAUUGGAACCUGCAGUGUCAGGUAUUGAUGAAGUCUUACACAGGCAUAGACUACAAGGAGUUCUACAAGUUCCUAAAGAUCAUUGCCGAAAACCGGAUUUUCGUCCUUGAGCACCACCAUUCUGAGGAAGAGGCCUCCAAGCAUUCCUACCGAGCUGCCAUCUCCGGCUUGGGAAUGCUGCAUGCCGUCUUUGAUUUAAAACGGACUGCAAAGGUGUUGACUUCUUUGAAUGCCAACGAGGAAUUCAAGAAACUGAGCCCCGAGAAACUCGCCCCGCCUCCUCAGGCACUCCUACACCGUCUGAAAGCAGCAAUAGAUACAGCCCUCCUCUAGUUCCCCCUCGCCCUUCAUUUUAACCAGUUGCAAAAAAUGCUGUGUUUUUGCAACCUGGGCGCAUGCUGAUUAUGUCCAUUUCCCCAUUUAGAAGUUGUAAGCACAGUGAAUGUCAGGGGCAAACUGGAAAAUGACCUUCCUCCAAGUAAACAUUGGGGGUUGGGGUCACGAUCUGUUUGCUCAUUGAAAAUUAGCUAGAUGUGGAAUGGAUGAUUUUCAUCAGUUCCUCCACCAAAUUCUCAAUUUUGGUCAUGUGAAAGGAAGCUAGUGUCCUUGCUGACCUUUUUAGAGGGAGUAGAUGAUUUGUUUCGUGAGCGUCAUAGACUGUUGUUCCUUCUUCAUUCCAAAUACUGACUAGAAGUUUGGGGUUUUUUUUGAGGAGUGAGUUGUGGGGCGAGGUUGUGCUGUGGAGUAGGAAGUCUCAGGCCAUGUACAGGAAAGGCUGCUAGAGGCAAGAAAGGCUACCUUCUGUAUUCCAUUAGCUGGUGGGUAAUAGUCAACAGUUCAUAGUAGUUACCCAUGCAGCGAGUGAGCGUUUGAUGCCCCCAUUCAGUCUUGACACCACAUUUUCAGGACCUUGGGCCAAGGCAAGCCCACAGAGGACAGCUCAGAUUUGAGUGUCCCGCCUCCAAGGGCAAGCUCUGCCUAUUGUCACCUGCACGCAUUACCCAGAACCCUUUCUUUAGCUGCUUUUGUAUUUUCAGUUACUGCCUAAAAAGAGGGCUAGGAAGAGGACUUUAUGUAAGACGAACAAACAGUAGCUUGUUUCAGUGCCUCAUCUUGUAGUACAGUCAUCUACAGGAAACAAAAUAACCCCUUUCUAGACUUUUUGCAUGGCGGUAUAAACAAUUCAUGGCUGACUGCAGGAAUAUUUUACCUCUAGUUCUGCUUUCUGUCUUCUCUCCCACAUUUUUCUGAAUUGUUUCUGUGCCCAUAACCAGUAUUAUAAUGAAAUAGGGUGGCCUAAUAGCACUGGGAGCAAGUGGAAAAGACUGUGGUGUGUGUGUGUAUGAGGGAGGGCGGUCUUAGUUCAGCAGACCCCAACUAUGAGACAAACUCUUAAAAGAAGGGCCGGCACUGCAGCAGCCAAUAAUCCCUUGGAGGAGCAUGAUUGCAUUAUGGAAAAUCUGUGUGUUUCUGAAAAAAUACAGUGUGGGGUAAAAUGGGGACUGGCUUGAGUUUAGUGCAUGUGGACAGCAUCUUUUUUGCAGCGGGCAUACAGCCUUCGGGGGCUGCCCGAAUAUUCUUACUGAGCACAAUUUCUCAUGGUGUCGUACAUGAGGAAGGGCUGGAACGGGGAGGGGGGCCACUGCCCUUGCAGCUGGCAGCAAAGAGCACUAAAAUUCCAGAAGCUUCUAAAUGGGGAGUGGCUGGAUAGGUUUUGUCCUCCUUCACUGCAGCCUGUUAGACUUUCACUGAAACCCCUAGGGGCUGGGGGGAGGGUAUUUAAGCACUGAGCUGAAUUUUAUUCAAGCCUCAACUAUUCUGCCUAGUUACCCCAAGAACUUUCUGAAAGUACACAUUAAAAAAAAACCUAUUUAAGUGUCAA